GGGAUUUAUCUACAGAGAAGCAAGGUUGGAUUUACAAUCCAGAGUUGCGGAGGACAUAGCAAUAGAAAAUUAUCUUACUAACACGAGGGAAAGCCGACGUUUUAGAGAUAGGUGAAGCCUGUAAGGGGUAGGACCGAACGGUCUAAAAGGCCCGAGUUCUGUUUCUCAAGCAGUUGUACUCUUUGCCUCACAGUUUUCACCCCGGAGUGACUCUAGCAUCUAUGAGGGCGGCAGUGUCCCUCUAGCUGCUCCGAGCGGGGUCUGUGCUCUUUUCCCAGCCCGCCAGGCUAGGUGGGAACAGCUCCUCCUGCACGGGUGCAUUAAGCAACCUACUCGCAUUCACCGGGCUUCGUGCCACUGGGCGCAGGACCCAGGCGGCGUCCCCAAGCCGGCACCCGGGCUGCUCCCCCACGUGUGGAGCUCACCUGUCGGCCCGCCUCUCCCGGACGCCCCAGGUGGCUCGGGGUUGGGAGGAGCCACGCCCCGCCCGGCGCGGUCACAGUCAUCGCCAGCCCGGAGCGGGUGCCUGGAGCCCAGGCCGGGAACCGAGCGAGGCGCCGGGAGCCGGCCGGCAGCGACUGUGCAGACUGGCUACUUCGUUUGAUGCAGACCUGUUCCCUGCGGCUUAGAGACUGACUACCAGGCUGUCUUUCUUAAGCUGUGUAACCUUGGGCAAGUUGCUAUCCUCUCUCUGAACUUCAGACUCCUCCUGUGUGAAUUGGGGAUAAUAAUAGCUCCCACCUGGCUGUGCUGUGACGAUUACAUGAUUCAUUGCGUCGGGCGUCUGACUCUUACAAAGCCUCAAUGAAUGCUAACUUAAAAUGGAAGUUACUCUACAUGAGGUGUGCUUGAAUGAGAGAAGCAAGGAAUAGAAGAAGAGGAGGAAGACUUGGGUGAGGAAGGAACAACAAACAAGACAAGGGAUUUGGGAAUGUCUCAACAGACACAAAACAUUUGCGGUUUUGUUCAACUUGAUUUUCCUGGAUCCGGAUCUUUAUGGUGGAAUAAUUGACCUUUCCGUGCAGAAGCAGAACAUACCUCUUGUUGACGUCUAAAACCAAAUGAGCUGACCCAGUCCGUGUUUUCAUGGCAGACACACGACUUUGACCUGCCCAGUCAAGGAGUUCAGAAUGCUGCUCCUCUGCCACAUUCUAGCCGUGACCAUCCUUCAGAUCUUGGUCAUCUCAGAAAACUGGGUGUUUGCUAAGAACAUCAACUUCUACAAUGUGAGGCCCCCUCUCGACCCCACGCCAUUCCCAAACAGUUUCAAGUGUUUUACUUGUGAAAAUGCAGGGGAUAAUUAUAACUGCAAUCGAUGGGCAGAAGACAAGUGGUGUCCGCAGGAAACACAGUAUUGUUUGACAGUUCAUCACUUCACCAGCCACGGAAGAAGUACGUCCAUCACUAAAAAGUGUGCCUCUAAAAAUGAAUGUCAUUUUGUUGGCUGCCGACAUAGCCGAGAUUCGGAACACACGGAGUGUAGGUCUUGCUGUGAAGGAAUGAUCUGCAAUGUAGAGUUGCCCACCAACCAUACAAAUGCAGUCUUUGCGGUGAUGCACGCGCAGAGGACAUCUGGCAGCAGUGUCUCCAAUGUCCCCAGAUCCUAUCUCCCAGUGCUGGCCUGGCUCUUCAUGCUUCCCUUGCUGUGAUGCUGCUGUCCCCAAGAGAAGCAGAGACCAUCAAUGUAAAGCACAGAAAGAGUGGACCAGCGGACUCUGGAGCCAAGGUCCAUCUUGCACUUGAUAAAGAAGAUACUUUGGACUGCAAAGUAGAAGGCAAAGGUUUGCUUUGCUGAAAUGCUCCUGCAUGGGGUCACAGCACUGGGCAUGAGGACUUGGUAGGAACCAAGAGGACUACGUAACUUCCAGUGUCCUGGUCUACGGAUGCUGCAUUCUGUCAGCUCUACAGGGGAUCCGACCAGUAUCGUUGACAGCAACAGUAAGCCCUGGCCUGACCAGGCCUUCCCCUGGAACGACUUUUUGACCUCAUGGACUCCCUCAGAGGCUGCUGGGUCAGACUCUCUGGUUUCUGUGACUAGCUCAGAGCAUCUCUGAAAUGUAACCCUUCUGCCCACGGGAAAGCAGUCCUUACUGUGUUAAUGUUCUUUUCCUGUUAACAAGUACCUGAGACGAUCCGUUUAUAAAGAUAAAUGGUUUGUUUGGGCUCACGGUUUUGGAGAUUGCAGUAUAUACUAGUUUGGGGCCUGUGUUGGAGAGCAAGUAGCCACUCAUAAUGGAAACUCGAAAGGGGGAGAGGAUGGGCUGGAGAGAUGCUUCAGCAGUUAAGGGGCAGUGACUGAUCUCCUGGAAGACCCAAGUUUGAUUCUCAGCACUCACAUAGGAGCUCACAAUUGAUAAUUCCAAUGCCAGGAGAUCCAAUGCUCUCUUCUGGCCUCUGAGUACUGCAGACAGGUGGUGCAAACAUAUAUGCAGGUAAAACACCCAUAUAAAUAAUUCUUCAUUAUAAAGGGAAAGGAAGAAAAAAAAGAAAGAAGCAGAGGUGGGAAAGAGAGCAUGCACAUAAGAUUCCCCAAUACCCUUCAAGGUCAUGUUCCCAACAUCCUAAAUCCUCCAACUAGAUCCCAUUUCCUAAAGGUUCAAUUACCUCCUUAAUGGCAUCAGUAGGCUGAGGACCAAAACUUUAACCCUGUAACAGUCAAGAUCCAAACAAUAGUACAUACUAACCACCUAGUUGAUGAAAAAGCUGUAGGAGGGAAAUAUCCAGUUAAAAUUCUAUGAUUCCAUUUGCCAAUUAUGAGAUGGUUGGGGGUGGGGUGCAAACCUUUGAAUUAUAUAGUGUAAUGCAUGCUGUGUGUUUCUUGACAAUGUGGAGGCCUCUAAUGAAGUACAUUUACCAAUGUCAUUAAAUUUGUGUUUCCAGGAACCAUGGGUGAUACAUGCUGUUUAAAAGAAUAAAAUUUUAUGCUGAUGUGAUUUA